AUGGUGACGGCCUCCAAUCACCUGCUGUGUCAGGUGCGCAGAAUAAGGACCAGUACAGGUCUUGGUGGCAUCUCCACUUACGGCACGUUGGGCCUUGGGGCAGGAAGUGCCGGACAAAGAAGGGUUCCUCCGGCCCCGUCGGAGGCUUCCGGGGAGCUCAGAUCCGAGAUGGACGAGGAAGUCUCAGCUGGACCCAAAGCAGGAAGGGGGCCUGGUACCACCACAACUGGAAGCAGUGGGGAAUUCUGGGAAGGAAAGGUGCAGGGAAUCCUGGGAGAAGAGACGCCCUACCCAGAAGUACAGAGCCGGCAUUUCCGGCAAUUCCAAUACCAGGAGGCCGAGCAGGAGCAGGGCCGGCUUGCAGAGUUGAGCGUUGAUUUCUCUGGGGCAGAGAAGGCUCCAUGCAGACCCAGUUCGGAGCGAAGAAGGAUCGUUCAGGAGGCUGACAGAGGAGCCCCCGUGCAGGGUGAAAUCAUGAUGCCGGCAGUCGGUACCCCAUCAUCUCUUUCUGGUGGCGAAGGGGGAACGGAGACUGUGGGACCCCAUGAGGGUCUGGUGAGCUUUGAGGAGCUGUCUGUGUCUUUCACGGAGGAGGAGUGGGCGCUGCUGGAUCCGGACCAGAGAACUUUGCAUCAGGAAGUCACGGAGGAGAUCUGUGGGAUCGUGGCCUCUCUGGAUGACAACUCAUUAAAACGCUUGGAGUGUGGAAAGAGCUUCACUAGAAGCACACACCUUAGUUGUCAUCAGAGAAGUCACGUAGGGGGAAAACCAUAUGAAUGUGCAGAGUGUGGAAAUUGCUUCAGUGAGAAGAUACAACUCACACGUCAUCAAAGAAUUCACAGAGGGGAGAAACCAUAUGAAUGUGCAGAGUGUAGACAGCGCUUCAGUCAGAGGGCAAGCCUCACUUCUCAUCAAAGUAUUCACACAGGGGAGAAACCAUAUGAAUGUACAGACUGUGGAAAGUGCUUCAGACAGAAAAUACAACUCACUUCUCAUCAAAGAAUUCACACAGGGGAGAAACCAUAUGAAUGUGCAGAAUGUGGAAAGCGCUUCAGUCACAGGGCGAACCUCACUUCUCAUCAAAAUAUUCACACGGGGGAGAAACCGUAUGAAUGUGCAGACUGUGGAAAGUGCUUCAAACGGAGCACACACCUCACUUCUCAUCAAAUAAUUCACACAGGGGAGAAACCAUAUGAAUGUGCAGACUGUGGAAAGCGCUUCAGUCGGAGCACACACCUCACUUCUCAUCAAAGAAUUCACACAGGGGAGAAACCAUAUGAAUGUUCAGACUGUGGAAAGUGCUUCAGAUGGAGCACAUACCUCACUUCUCAUCAAAGAAUUCACACAGGGGAGAAACCAUUUGAAUGUGCAGAGUGUGGACAGUGCUUCAGUUACAGCGCAAGCCUCACUUCUCAUCAAAGUAUUCACACAGGGGAGAAACCAUAUAGCUGUGGAGAGUGUGGAAAGCGCUUCAGUUAUAAGUCUCACGUCACUUCUCAUCAAAGAAUUCACACGGGGGAGAAACCGUAUGAAUGUGCAGACUGUGGAAAGUGCUUCAGAUGCAGUACACACCUCACUCGUCAUCAAAGAAUUCACACAGGGGAGAAAACAAAUGAAUGUGCAGACUGUGGAAAGUGCUUCAAACGGAGCACACACCUCACUUCUCAUCAAAGAAUUCACACAGGGGAGAAACCAUAUGAAUGUGCAGACUGUGGAAAGCGCUUCAGUCGGAGCACACACCUCACUUCUCAUCAAAGAAUUCACACAGGGGAGAAACCAUAUGAAUGUGCAGAGUGUGGAGAACGCUUCAGUCACAGGAUAAGCCUCACUUCUCAUCAAAGUAUUCACACAGGGAAGAAACCAUAUGAAUGUGCAGACUGUGGAAAGUGCUUCAGUUGGAGGACAAACCUCACUUCUCAUCAAAGAAGUCACACAGGGGAGAAGCCAUAUGACUGUGCAGAGUGUGGAAAGCGCUUCAGUUGGAGCAAAAGCCUCACUUCUCAUCAAAGAAUUCACACAGGGGAGAAACCAUAUGAAUGUGCAGACUAUGGAAAGCGAUUCCGUCAGAAGGUACAACUCACUUCUCAUCAAAGAAUUCACACAGGGGAGAAACCAUAUGAAUGUGCAGACUGCGGAAAGAGCUUCAGUCGGAGCACACUCCUCACUUCUCAUCAAAGUAUUCACACGGGGGUGAAACCAUAUGAAUGUGCAGACUUUGGAAAGCGCUUCAGUCGGAGCACACACCUCACUUCUCAUCAAAGAAUUCACACAGGGGAGAAACCAUAUGAAUGUGCAGAGUGUGGACAGCGCUUCAGUCGGAGCACACUCCUCACUUCUCAUCAAAGAAUUCACACAGGGGAGAAACCAUAUGAAUGUGCAGACUUUGGAAAGCGCUUCAGUCGGAGCACACACCUCACUUCUCAUCAAAGAAUUCACACAGGGGAGAAACCAUAUGAAUGUGCAGAGUGUGGACAGCGCUUCAGUCACAGGAUAAGCCUCACUUCUCAUCAAAGUAUUCACACAGGGGAGAAACCAUAUGAAUGUGCAGAGUGUGGAAAGCACUUCAGUCAGAGCACACAACUCACUUCUCAUCAAAGAAUUCACACGGGA